AUGGGACUUGUGGAUGAAAAGUACCAGUUUAACACAGUGAAGAUGAUGAGCCUGGUUCAGAUCUCCUCCAUGCUGCUGUGUUACCUCUGUCUGUCUCAGGGGAAGAUUUCAGAAUAUCAACUGGAAUCUGAGACCCUGAGUCAGUGUGAGUCUCUACGUGGUGGUAGUUCUGCCCGGCAACAAGACCAUGUCCCCCAGUGCUCAGAGGACGGGCGAUUCAGACACGUCCAGUGCAGCGGUGCUGGUGGUGAGUGCUGGUGUGUGAACGCAGAGGGAGCUGAGAUCUCUGGAUCCAGACAGAACGGAUCAGCUGUGUACUGUCUGACGUCCUGCCAGCUCCACAGACAGCAGGCCCUGCUGAGUGGCGAUGCCCCCCUGGUGCCCCAGUGCCAGGCCUCUGGGGAGUACCAGGCGGUGCAGUGUGACAGCGCCCGGGGACAGUGCUGGUGUGUAGACCUGGAAGGCAUGGAGCUCUACGGGACCCGGCAGAACGGAAAGCCCUCUCAGUGCCCAGGCAGCUGUGAGGUGAGGUCGAGGCGUCUCCUCCACGGCGUCGGGGAGCGCUCUCCCCCUCAGUGCUCGGCCGACGGCUCCUUCCUGUCCGUGCAGUGCAAGUUUGUCAACACCACUGACAGGAUGGUCUUGGACCUGCUGCACACGUUCAACAGGUUCCCUAAAGUAUUCCAGACGUUCAGCAGCUUCAGACAGAUGUUCCCAGAGGUGUCCAGUUACUGUUUCUGUGCUGACAGCAGAGGCAGGGAGCUCCCCAGCACAGGUGUGGAGCUGCUGCUAGAUGAGGUGUACGACACAGCCUUCUCAGGUCUGGAACCAGGCCGCUCCUUCUCCCAGACCAACAUGUACCGUAUCCUACAGAGGAGAUUCCUGGCCAUCCAGCUGGCGAUGACUGGCAGGUUCAGAUGCCCCAGCCCUUGUGAGAGCGAGCGAUCCGCUGGUACCCAAGCUGGCAAUGUGUUUGUGGCGUCCUGUGCUUCCGACGGGGGUUACGUGCCAACCCAGUGCCAGGCGGGUGGGCAGUGCUGGUGUGUCGACCCCACAGGGAAGGAGAUCUUUGGGACACGACAACAUGGAGGACACCCUGACUGUGGUGCUGGAGUGAAGGACUGUACCUCUGAGCGUCGCCAGGCCCUCUCCAGGCUCUUCUCCAGCCCCUCAGGUCAGGUGCCAUCAGCCAAGGACUCACAGACACACCCAGUCCCAAGCCCCCUGUCUCCAUGCAGCCCCCAACUCCAACAGCUCCUGCUGGGGACUCUAGGAGAGUCCCUUUCCGAGCGAUCCGAUUUAGGAGACAUCCUGGCUGAGAUGAUCCAGGGGAUGUUCCCUAGCGGGGCUAUGGCCCUCAAGGCCCUAUCUCUAGCCUCCAACCCCAAGAGACUCCAGGAGAACCUGUUCGGAGGAAAGUUCUUAGGAAACGCUGGGAUGUUUAACUUCACUGGGGCCGUCGGUGUCAGUGGCACGUUGAGUUUCAGUCAAGCCAGUCUGACAAACAACCAAGAUCUGGUUCAACUCAUCAGCACCACUCUGGAAAACGGAGACUUCCUCUCCACCCUACGCCAAACCAUCCUCUUAUCCACAGCCGAGGACAGCACCCAGCUAGGUGAGCUGUUCAAGGUCCUGUUUGAGAGCGCCCAGUCCGGUGGUGCUGGUUGUGAGAGGGAGCCCUCUGCCCUGUAUGUGCCCAGCUGUGAUGACAGCGGCCAGUAUCAGGAGAUCCAGUGCCAAGGCUCGGAGUGUUGGUGUGCUGACCCCCAGGGUCAGGAGGUCACAGGGUCACGUUUCAAUGGUCAAAGGCCAAGGUGUCCGUCACGAUGCGAGAGGGAGCGAGCGGCUGCUCAGAAGGUGAAGUCAGGCCAGGCUGCUGGGGUAGAGGUGUUCAUGCCGAAGUGUGCGGAGGACGGGAGCUACGUGGCUUUGCAGUGUCUGGGAAAGAGUUGCUUCUGUCUGGACCUCCUGGGAGAGAGACACGCCACUAUCCCUUCAGGACAGACUGUUCAGUGGUCAGCUCCAGGCUCCUGUUCCCUGGCGAUGGCUGAGGUGGACCAAUUCCAGGAGGAGGCUGAGCGUCUGGUCCUCCUCUCCAACAGCUCCCACAUCCCUCUGGGCUACAGCUACCUGCUGGCUGAAGGUCUCCGUCUGACCUCUGACGAGCUACUCCACGCCCUCUCCUCCUCCGACCAGACCACGCUGCUCUCUGAUAGGCUGCUGAGCCACUCACACUCUGCUCUACGACUUGCUGCCCACUCCACUCUGCGGUUCUAUUGGCAGAGCCAGCAGGCAGCAUCUGUGGAGGAGAGACCGUCUCUACUGCUGGGCUACCAGCCCUACAGGCCCCAGUGUGAUGCCCACAGACAGUGGCUGCCCACCCAGUGCCACCCCAGCACAGGUCAGUGUUGGUGUGUGGAUGAGGAAGGAGGAUACAUCCCAGCUUCCCUGACCAGUCGCAGAGACCAUUGUUCUGUAUGCCAGACCCGGUGUCAGAGAGGUUAUGCUCAGGCUCUGCUCUCUGAUUGGACACAGUCCUCCUACAACCCAACUUGUGAAGUGGUGAAUAUCCUCAGUGGCCAGUUCUCUGUGCUCCAGAAGGGGUCUUCAGGUGGAGGUGGAGCCUGGUGUGUCAGUCCUGUUUCUGGGGAAACCAUCCAGCCUGCUACCCUGAGUCCCAGUGGAGACCUCACAUGUCCUAGCUGGUGUCAGUUGUUGACAGACAGUGGUCAGUCUGUGGUGGGUUAUGAACCGGAGUGUCAGGUGGAUGGAAGGCUGUUCUCCCCGCUGCAGUGUGACCAGACAGACUGCUGGUGUGUGUCUCAGACAGAUGGACAGGAGCUGCCUGGAACCAGGACGCCACGUGGCACCGGGAAGACCCCUGCCUGUGACAGUCCCCAGUGUCCCUCUCCGUUCUCUGACAUCCCUGUUACCUACGGUGACGUGGUCUGUCGCUCUGACGUGAUUGGUGGCCAGCAGAACUGUGACCUCAUCUGUCACCUGGGUUACGAAAGCACACUUCCUGUAAACAUGCAGUUUCUGUGUGACGUGGAGACCAGAGCCUGGGUGACAGAGGCCCCACUUCCUCAAGCCUGCCAGAGACUUCAGGUGCUGCAGACCGUCCAGACCUCUGUGGUGCUCCAGCUCACCCUGCCUCCAGGCCAGGGACCCUGCAGCUCCUCCCUCCACUCCAGCCUGCAGACCUCUCUACUCCACGACAUGAGGGCCAAGGGUCUCUGCAGCCUGCAGCUCAGUGUUCAGGUCAGCUGGAGGGCUCUUCUCUCAGACCUUCCUGUCUCUGUUCUGCCUGACCUGCAUGACGUCGAUGUAGCGCUCAGUGAGGACAGGCUGUUGGAUGGGCUGCUAGGCCUGAUGGGUAGUGACCCCUACCGCUCUCUCUUGACCUCUGAACCCAGAGUCCUCUCUACCUCAGCACCCAACUUUGGCUGUUUCCAUGGCUACCAGCGUGUUGGAACCGGAUGUGGUUUGACAGAGUGCCAGCUCAGUGGCCUGAGGUGUUCAGAGGGAGGGGACUUCCUGUCGGCCCAGCAGGACAUCCAGACCAGGAGGUGGCGCUGUGUCACAUCCAGCGGAGAACAGCUGGAGUGGACAACCACUGGCCAACCUCUGUCUGAGGGAGAAUGUUCAGUUCUGGAGAGGUUUGAGACAGUUCCCAGAUCAGCGUUUUCUCUAGCAGCAGAAGACUAUGUCGUCCUCAGCUCAGAGACGUCAAACACGACCAUGGAGAAACAACUCAGGACGUGUGUGUCAGCUUGCGCCCAGGUCCAGACUUGUCUUUACGUCGUCCUUUACGCUGAAGAAGGACAACGUCACUGUGAACUCUACAGCACCGACGCCGCUAACAUCCGAUGCCAAACCUCUGAGCAAACCAAAGGGUUCCUGGGAAAUGCAGGUGCUGAUAUGUUCCAGAACCUGAGCUGUUCUCUGAAGGUGAACGGGGCUGACAGACAGAACGUCACGGUCAUCAGGAAGAAAGGUCAUGAAUUCACCACUAAGGCCCAGAAGACCUUUGAAAGGUUGAGUUUCCGUAAGGCCAGUUCUGGUGUGUACCGUACCGUGGUGUUUGCAGCUGAAGGAACCACUCUGACCGACGUCCAUCGUUUCUGUCAGGACGAGUGUACCCAGAACACCUGCUGUGACGGCUUCAUCCUCAACCAGAACGUUCUCAGCGGAGGUACCAUUAUGUGUGGUCUGCUGAGCUACCCAGACAUGUUGCUAUGCAGUGAGACAGACUGGGACGUAUCUGGCCUGGCCAAGGCGAACAGGAUCUGUGGGGCUGGAGUCACCUACAAUAAACUGCAGAAACAGUUCAUCUUUAACUUUGGAGGACAAGACUUCUCCAUCACUGAUACAGCUCUGCCAACAUCAAGCAAGAACAAAACUGACUACCAGGCCACCAUUAUUGGGUUCCAAGGCAUUUACCUCUGGAAAGAGUCUGACAUGACCACUCGUCCCAAGACCUCCCCAGCCUGUAGCAGUGUCCUCCCACAACAAGCCCCCAGAGUCGUUCUGUCGGAUGCAGUGAAGGAGACGUUUGUGGCCCUGGACAGCAGUGCUGUUGUUGUGGACUCUGAACGGGACAUCCCCAGCCUGCAAUACUGGAUCUUUAAACAUCAGUUCUCUGCACAGGAGGCUCAGCUGUGGUGUCUGAAACGCUGUGAGGAGGAGGAGCUGUGCCACUUGGCUGAUGUGAGAGAUGAGAGCUCAGUGUACUUUACCUGUGCCCUGUACCCAGACACCCAGGUGUGUGGGGCCUACGACAAACCCCUGAGACAGGCCUGCAGCCCUGUGCUCCCCCAGCAACCCCACACCGCUCACACCAAGAAGGUUGAUCUGACUGGAAGUGUGGAGAGUUUUUACAGCCGUGUUCCCUUUAAGAAGAUGGUGUCUUAUUCCGUCCGUAGCCGCGUCAACCUGAGUGACAAGCCUAUCACUGAGGGGUUCCGUGAGUGUGAACGGAGAUGUGAUGAAGACCCGUGUUGCCGUGGAAUCGGAUACGUCAGGGACACACAGUCACCUGGAUCAGACGUUCUCUGCCUGACUCUGAACAGCUUUGGUAUCCAGACGUGUGGUGAAGGAGAACGGACAAUGUGGAGAGUCCAGGACUGCACCCCCUCCAAAGUAGAAACCGGAGUGUAUCCGCUUGGCUGGUACGAGAAACCAGUGAACCAGUGGACUGAAUCACCACGGUUGUGCCCCAGUUUCCAACUACGUCCUUCAGAGAACGUGAGUUUGAGUGAGUGGAGACUCCUGGAUGCGUCCUCUACUCUGGUGGAUCCGUCCGUCUCCACGUUUGACAUUAUUCACAUCAGUAAAGACAUCGCUGAGGACCUGGACAGGACCAGAGACUGGUGUCUGUCUGCCUGUGAGGAGGCUGAGUCCUGUGUUGUGGUGUCAGUGGGGCGGACCGACUCGGCUGUCCGCUGUGUCCUCUACCCAGACACCCUGGCCUGUGGCCCCUCCACUACCACCACCGGAGGUCAGGACUGUCGGCUGGUCAUCAGAGAGUCAGCUCUCCAGAUCUACCUCUACAAAGAACCCAAGGCGGCGUUGACGUCAGUGUUUAUCCCGGCUCACGGAACGCUCCAGGGAUCGGCCGUGACAACGCUGCUCGGGUCAGACAGGAAGACAGUCAGACAGUUCUUGGGAGUUCCGUACGCUCGUCCUCCUAUCAGAGCCCUCCGUUUCGUACCCCCACAGCCUGCUGAAUGGAGUGGCACAUGGAACGCCACGGUUACCAGACCCAGUUGUCUGCAGCCUGGAGCUGUGGAGUCAUCAGCCAGCAGUGAGGACUGUCUGUACCUCAACAUCUUCGUCCCCAGCGGCAUCGUAAGGAGUGCAGCGGUCCUGGUGUUCUUCCAUAACCCGUCUGGAGCAGCCAGCGAUGACACAGCAUCUCUACUGGACGGCUCCUACCUGGCUGCCGUCGGCAACAUCGUCGUGGUUACCGUCAACACCAGGGUUGCAGCGUUCGGAUUCCUCAGCACAGGCUCCACAGCCCUGCCAGGUAACGCCGGCUUCCAGGACCAGGUAGCCGCUCUGAAGUGGGUCCAGGAGAACAUUGAGGCGUUCGGAGGUGACCCCAGGCUGGUGACGGUGGGGGCAGAGCGGAGUGGAGCCGACGUGGCCAGCCUACAUCUGACCUCCCCCUCCUCGCGUGGUCUCUUCGACAGGAUGCUGCUCAUGGGUGGCUCUGUGUUCUCCCCUGCCUCAGUGCUGAGUGUAUCCAAAGCCCAGGGGCAGGCUGAGGCUCUGGCCCGGGAGCUGGGCUGUCCCCCCUCCUCUGACCCAGAACAGCUGGGCUCCUGCCUGAGAGCAGCUCCAGCACAGGACCUCAACGCUGCCCAGACCAAGUUGCUGUCAGUCAGUGGGCCCCUGCAGGCUUGGAGUCCAGUGGUGGAUGGGGUCUCUGUCCAGGGGAAACCCUCCAUGGCCCUGAUGAAUGCAGGCUUCCACAGAGCUGACCUCCUGCUGGGCUCCUCCGCUGAGGAUGGACUCAUCAGCAGGGCCAAGAGGAUCAAGAACUUUGAGGAGCUCCAGGGGCGAGCUGACAGUAAAACAGCAUUCUACGAAGCCCUGUCCAACUCUCUGGGUGGAGACGAUGCCAAUGCCUUUGUCAAGGCUGCAGCCACCUGGUUCUACUCCAUGCAGCACUCUCCCUCUCCAGCUGGCUACAACCUCUUCUCUCAGGCUCUUAACAGUGCAACCAGAGAUCUCUUCAUUGUGUGUCCCACCAUAAAGAUGGCCAACUUCUGGGCAGCUAACACCAGAUCCAAUGUGUUCAUGUACCACCUGCCUGAGGACACCGCCCAGACCAGUGCUGACCUGUCAGUACCCCUGGAUGUCCACUAUGCCUUUGGCCUCCCCCACAGCCCCCUGACCUACGACCUGUUCACCAACACAGAGAGACGCCUCUCCCUACAGAUGAUGACCUACAUGGCCAACUUCAUCAAGUCCGGAAAUCCCAACCAGGCUCACAGUGUGUCCCGCGUGGCCUUCAGCGAGGCGGCGCUGCCCCUCUGGCAUGCCUUCCAGUCUCAUCCUGAGGGGGACAGCUAUAUGGAGGUGGAGCCAGGCCUCAGCAACCACAGGGGCCUCCGCAGGGCCCAGUGCUCCUUCUGGGCCGACUAUGUCCCCUCUCUGACCGCCUCCACUGGCAAACUUUCAUCUGCUGUGUUGGAAGGGGAAUCUGCUGGUUUGGGGGCUGGAACUCCAACACCAGAAACCAAGUUUUUUGUUGAUUUCUUGACAACUGUCACCCAGAGCAAACCCAAGUCAGAGAAGGAUGCUUAUAAUUAGAAAGAACAUCCACACUACGUAUCGUCUAAUCUGCAUUUAGGGUUUAUCACUCACACAUAGUGAGAAAUGACAUGUUGUUUCAACUGCCAAAGUAGUCGGUAAAUUAAGUCGUGUCAUUUAACUGCCUGUUUAGUUUCCAUACAAAUGAAAUAAAACAAUUGCAUGAC